AAUGUUAGCAUCACAGAUAACAAAGGGAAAUCACCUCUUUCUUGGGCAGCAGGCAAUGGCUACGCUGAUGCGGUUGAGGUGCUCCUUAGAAGCAAACGAGCGAGUGAAGCAAGCAGUGAUAAUGAUAAGAGAAAUGCAAUAUUAUGGGUUAGCGGUGAUGGACACCAUGCUGCCCUUGCCAAAUUUCUCGACGCAGGAUGCCCGGAGGUUGAUGCUAAAGAUGUUGAUGAAUGGACUCCGUUGGCCUGGGCUAUUCAGACGAAUGCGCCUGAGACCCACUGCCAGAAGUCAGAUUCAAAGGCAGCAUUCAAAUUCAUGACACGUUUUGAUUAG